AUGUUCUCCCGUCUCUCCCAACUAGCCCGCCACUUGUCUAGACCGCUUCCCAACUUCGCCCAUCGCUCUGCAGCCGCAUACUCAUCGGCGCCCUCCUCGUCCUCGAACAUGACAUCACCAUCCGAUAUCGAAGCGACUUCCGCGCCCCAGAAGGGCUUGAUACAAACGGCGGGAUGCAUAAUCAUCGGCGAUGAAGUGUUGGGUGGAAAGACUGUAGACACCAACUCGGCAUACUUGGCUCGGUGGUGCUUCUCGCUCGGCGUGCAAUUGAAGAGAGUUGAGGUCAUUCCCGAUGACGAAGACGACAUAAUAGAAGCGGCACGGCGCAUGUCCAAGAACUAUGACUUUGUGGUCACCAGUGGCGGUAUUGGGCCUACACACGACGAUAUAACCUACCAAUCUAUAGCCAAGGCGUUUGGCCUCGAAUUGAAGCUCCACGAGCCGACCGUCGAGAAGAUGAAGAAGUUUUCGCGCCCUCACAAGUCCCAACCCAACUUCUCCUGGGACACGCCUUCCUCUGCCCUCACUGCCAAAUUGCGUAUGGCCCAGCUACCUCACGACCCGAAGAUCCCAGACGAAGAUCAAGCACUAUUUGUGAAAGAAGAUCUUUGGGUUCCCGUCUCAGUGGUGAACAGGAAUAUCCAUAUUUUGCCCGGUGUACCGAGGAUAUUCGAGACGAUCCUGGAUGGGUUGAAACCACGCAUUCUCCCGCGACUGAAAGACCCAGAAGGAAAGGGCUUGUAUCGAAUUCUCUUCAGUACACCAUUGGCGGAGAGCCAGGUGGCAGACUAUCUGACCGAACUCGCUGCGAGGGCGGAACCAAAAGGGGUCAAGGUUGGAAGUUAUCCUCGCUGGGGCAAGAACAAGAACGUCGUCACACUGGUUGGAAGCGACAGAGAAUACAUGGACAGCUUGGUGGCCGAAGUCGCAGAGGGCGUCAAGGGACUGAGAGUGCAGGUGGAAGGAGAAGAUGAUACUGAUGAUGAGACCGAUGUCAAAAAAGACAAGGAUAGCUGA